AUGCGAUUCGAGGCUCACAUCGCGGUGCACGCACCACCAAAGAGCAGUACUAACUUUCCGCCGUCAUCUACAUCGACCGGACCGGAAAAGAAGGGCCCGCGAGGAACUGGAGGAGGUAAGGCCACGUCGAGCGAAGCUAAGCUGGCGACGGUGUCGUACAAAGCGAAGCCUCCAGCGUCAUCUAAGACAGAAAAACCAGACAAAAAGUGUUUUAAGUGUGGCGAUCCGACCCAUGGUGUUUUCCAAUGCCCGAACAUUGCUAGUCUACUGGAGGCGAAGGAAAUAUACGAGAAGAGCGCUGAAAAAAAGGCGAUGAAGCCCGUUUUGGUAGCCACUUCCGGGGAAACGACGCAGGAGUCGUCUGCAUCGAUUCCUUGCCUGGUGAUGGGAGCUGUGGAGACUUUAAUCACUCCCGACAGUGCCUCCGUGUCUCUAGUGACAAUGAAAUUGAUUAACGACUUGAAGUCGGCCGAAGGAGAGGUAGAGAUGCAGCCUUUGGCAAAGCCAUCAGGCGUGACCGGCGUAAAGGAUAAGCCCGUUCCUGUUAGGAGCAAAGUGAAGCUAGAUCUGCGUUUUACGACUCCAGGAGGACCCUUGAUUUUGAGGAACGUAAUCUGUUGGGUCACGGAAGACAGUCUUCCGGCUGGAGUUGGCGAUUUAUUGCUCUCGCAUUACAUCAUGGAGCGUCUAGGCUACAGCUCGAAAAAAUUGAUUGCAGCAGCUCAGAGUUUGCAGGAAGUUUGGGAUAUGGGGGAUGUUGAAGACGAUUGUGAACUGGGUCUCUCAUCGGUUUUUGCGUACUCUGGAGUGCCUUCGGCGAUCGAGCCGACAGUAGAGGAAAUCCAACUGCACGACGACGAAGACCAUGCGUGUUUUCCAAGUUUCGACGGUGCAGCCCGAUCGGAACAUGAUGAAGUGGCUGCGGUUCUGGAAGAGAAGUUGGCGGAAGUUAAAGAAGCGGGAGCGUCCCGCGAGUAUGUAGAGCAGCUACGAGUGGUGUUAGUGAAGUUCAAAGACGUGUUCAGACUGCAAAUCGGGAGGGAUCCCCCCGUUGACAUGCCUGCGAUGAAAAUAACACUGAAACCUGGCGCAGUUCCCGAACUCUCCGAGUAA